AUGAAGUUUUCCACCACCAUCCUUGAAGCAUUAGACCACCAUGCCUCUGAAACCCCAAACAAGCUUGUCUUUACAUGGGUGGACAACAAGUGUGAGGAACAAAGCAAGAUGACGUUCAAACAGCUGGAGGACCAGUCCAAUGCUGUGGCGGCUCGUCUGCUCAAACUUGGAUGUAAGAAGGGAGAUCGUGUCAUGAUUGCCUAUCCCUUUGGCCUUGAGUUCUUGGCAGGCAUGUUUGGAGCCAUGAAGAUUGGAGUCAUCCCCUGUUCCAUCUAUCCACCAAAUCCCAACCAGCUCAAAACUGAUAUGCCCAAGUUCUGUGGAUUUGCCAAGGAUGCUGGAGCCAACUUUGCUCUCUCGACUAAUUUGUUUGCUGCUGGGAUGACUGCUGCUAGUGUCCUCUACAAGACUGGUGUCACUUGGAUUGGGACCGACAAGCUAACAAUCAAAAAACGGAACUGCAAGAAGCCAAAAGAUUAUGAGACCUUUGUCGGAGAACCAGAAGACAUUUGCUUCAUCCAGUACACUUCAGGCAGUACUGGUCGCCCCAAAGGAGUCAUGAUCAGUCACAAAAAUCUUGCAGAAAAUUGCAUUGCUAUUUCUGCCAUGUCUGGUGUAAAUGCUUCCAAUGCUGGCUCUACACUGGCAGCCUUGUGGGUUCCACAAUACCAUGACAUGGGACUUGUGGCAGGCUUCAUGACUACCCUCUAUGCUGGAACUUCCCUUGUCAUGGCGUCACCACUGGAUUUUGUGGCCAAUCCUCUACUCUGGAGUGAUAUGGUGGAAAAAUACCAGGCAAACCUUACCUGUGCCCCAAACUUUGCUUAUGCCCUUCUCCUCAAGAGGUUAAAACAGGCCAACCGAAAAGCCAACUGGAGUUGUGUCACAAGGGCCAUGUUUGGUGGUGAACCAGCCCAAAGCCAUGUUGUGGAAGCAGUGGCUGAAAUCCUCUCCAUCCAGCCUGAGCAUGUCUACAACAUCUAUGGCCUUGCUGAGUCUGUGGUGUUCCUCACAGGUGGCUCUGCCUACCCUGACUCUGAAGGGCUUCUCUGUUGCGGUGAAUUAGACUCCCCGACCCUAAAGCUUCGCAUUGUUGAAGAUGGAAAAGAGGUGGAGGAUGGACAGGUUGGAAGUAUCUGGGCCCAAUCACCCCGUGUGGCAGCUGGGUACUAUGGCCAGUCUGAGCUAACCACCGCUACCUUUGCAAAUGCUUUGCCUGGCUAUGAUGGGACCUGGCUUGAUACUGGUGAUUUGGGCAGAGUUGUGGAUGGACAGCUCUAUGUAACUGGAAGAGUCAAGGAUGUCAUCAUUAUCAAUGGCAAGAACUACUACCCAACAGACGUUGAGCUCUCAAUAGAUGAAACAUUUGGUGACAUUAUCCGUCCAGGCAGGACCACUGCCUUCCAGCAUGGGGAGGACAGUGUUGGUAUCACAGUGGAGGGCCGCAAGGGCUUUGACAAGUCAUCAAACUCAGACGUGUCUAUUCAGAUAGCCAAUCAUGUAUCCCAGGUGCAUGGGUUGUCUGCUGUUGAGGUUGUUGUUCUCAAGAUUGGUGUGACACCAAAGACCACCUCUGGAAAGCUUAAGAGGAGUGAAAUCAGGCAGACUACUAUUGCAAGUGAGUGGAAAGCAUCAUGUGUGCUGCUACACUUUGCACGGAAGGAAGGUACUGCUCCUCUUGCCAUUGGUAACAUGUCUUCUUUUCUGGAGAGAAGUUUUUCAAUGAAUGGAGUUCCUAGCUGCUAUAAAAAGCAGCUGCAUGUUGCUGUUGUUGGAGCUGGAGCUGCUGGCCUUGUCACAGCACUCCGAUUGGCUCAACGAAACAUCAAAGUCACACUGCUGGAACGCAAUGAGCACAUUGGUGGACAUGCAAGACACGUGGAAGUUUUUGGGCAUGAACGCAAUCCUGCUUUCGGUGUGUUUAUUGCGGAACUGUCACCAAAUCUAAUCGUUCUGGCCAAGGAGCUUGGGGUGGCACCAAUUCAUCUUGGCGAGUCAAGGCAAGCUCGUGGAUUGGUUUCUCAAAAGUCUGAGCCCAUUCCUGAGGUUCCACAGUCAGAGAUCAGCCGCUUCAUUGCUGAGAUGCAACGAAUUCACAAAUCUUGCUCUGGUCAGAAUGUGACAAUUGGUCAAUUUCUUGACCAGAAUGGAUAUGAUCAGCACUUUGUUGUCUAUUGCUACAUUGGCAAAAUUGUCAGCUACUUUCCUGGGCAGAAGAUCCAGGACUACCUCAAUAUCCCACUGGAACUGGUUGCUUGGUUUGUUGUAGCUGCAAGCAUUAGCAAGAAUGACUUGCUCCGACUUCGAAACAAAGAAUAUAUGCAAGCUUUUGAGGCAAAAUUGAAGAACCUAGGUGUGGAGGUUUGGACCAAUGUAGCCACCAAAGUGGUCGGCCGUGAUGAUUCUGGAGUCACACUCUGCGCAUCUUCCCAUGGCAAUGAAGAUGUCGUGAAAGUUGACAAGCUUGUGUUGGCAGUUCCACCAAAUGCUGCUGCCCACGUCCUUGAAAAUUCCAUAUCACCACAAGAGCAUGUUCUGACUGAGUUUGAUUGCCCCUUGGAGACAGUUGUGUUGCACAAAGAUUCAAAAUGGGUUGACAGCAAGACACCAUGCGUUCUGUUUGCCAAUAUUCUGGAUUGCAGCAAAUCCAGUUUGCCCACAGCUUCUGACACCAUCCCUUUGACGUCAUCAUUCCCAAGUGACACAGAUGGCAAAACACCAAUUUAUGUUACACAUGCCUAUAACACAUACGAAGAGCUUGAGUUUGAUUCUCCGGUGAAGAUGAUGUCAUUUACGCAUACCAGAAUAACAUGCAAGGCCAUCGAGCUCCGAAACUCUUUGUUACAGCAUCAAGGGAAGCAUUCUACCUAUUUUGCUGGUGGAUGGACACGAGGGACAAUGCUACACGAGGACGCCAUUGUUAGUGGAAUUCUAGCAUCCAAUGCUGUGCUAGAGAACUUUGGCAUGAAGCCACACCCUGUGCUUGAGCGAGAGACUAUUGUUCCAUCAAAUCGCUUGAGGGGUAGUGGAGUAGCUGAUCCCAGACAGUCAGACAUCCAAGCACCAACCACGAGCAACUUUUCUGCUAGAUAUUCCAAUGUAAUGUUGUCCGUAUUGGGUUCUGAAGUGGACACACCAAAAACAUGGGCUGAGAAUGGACUCACAUCUCUCAAGAGUGCAGAGCUGCGGAACAAGGUUGAAGAAGUGUUACAUGUGGUACUUCCCGCAAACUUUGAAAGGCUCUACCCAACACCGAAUGCACUCUCAGUCUUCUUGAAAGCAUCAGAGGGCCAGAGCUUUCCUAAGCAUGAUGUUGGCCACCGUGAGUUUGAGUGGAAUAGUUCAAGAUCAAAGUGCAGCAAGCCAGUGCUCGGCAUACUCCAGGGUCUUGCGUGCAUUGUGAUUUUUCUACUACUGUUGGUUUCACUUGUCCCAACCUAUUUCCUUGGCAGUUGGAUUAUGGAUCAUUGUGGUUCUACCACAAGUUCCGAGUGUCAUAGUCCGGCCUUUUGGAUCCUUUUGCCCAUGGCCUUUCCUAUGUUCACCCUAUCCUUCUCCUUGGUUGUGGUGUUCUGCAAGUAUGCAGUAAUUGGGACAUACCAACCUCGACAGUUCCAGAUCUUGUCAUGGGCCUACCUUCACUGGUGGUUUAUGGACAGGCUCAUGGAAAUUUGGGAGUCACUGGUGGGGCAAUUCUUUGUAGAGACUAGGUACAUUUGGCUUUUCUACUGGUUUCUUGGAGCAGACUUGGACUGGUCAGCCAAAAUUGAAGCUUACAUCCGCGAAUUUGAUCUGGUCAAAGUGGGGAGCAAUGCUACUAUUGGCCACUCAUUGAAGUGUAGGAAGUUUUCUCAAUCCAAUGAAGAAUGUCCCAAAAUGAUCUUCCGCCCCAUUGUCAUUGGAAACAACUGCAAGAUCUCUGGGAUGGCUAGCCCCGGUGCAAUCAUUGGUGAUGGCAGCAAGGUGGAGAAGUUGACCGUAAUAGAAGAAGGGGCUGAACUGCCAAAUGACGUCCUUGCCAAGGGAAUUCCCGCCUUUUGUUCUGGGAUUCACCAUUAUUCAGAACCAAUCCAAGAGCAGGAAACAGUGCUGGGUGCCUUCAAGAUUGUUUGGACCAUGAUUGAAGCUUACCAUUUUUUUACACUCUCCUUCCUGGUCCAUACAUUGCUCCAUCAAAUCUUGCCGCCAUGGCGUUAUGCCACCAUUCUGCAUUGGAUCUUGCUUUUUCCAGCCUCCUCAAUCCUUGCCCUCCUUACAAGUGUGGCUCUCAAAUGGCUUCUGAUUGGGAAACGAGACCCAUCAGAUGACUAUGAUGGUUCACUAUAUCGCCGAGCAACCAAUUGGGCAUGUGACUUCCACUUCCGAAUAGCUUGCUGGACUCUUACUCCCUUCUUUGGCCAGUCCAGAAUCUGGAACAUUGUCCUCUUCCUCCAUGGCCUUGACGUUGAUAUGGAAUCGGGCCUCAACAACCCAUACCUAAUCUUCUACCCUUCCAAAGUCGACUUUGUCAAGAUCCGGAAAUCAUUCGUUGCAACCAUUUCUCUAGACUUUACCAAUCAAGGUGAUUCUAAGAUUGAGAUCAUCAACAGCAGUGUUGGGUACAAUGUUACUCUACAUGCCGGUGUAAAGAUUAUGCAAUCUGCAAUUCCCCCGAGAUCGGAUGUAUCAGAAAGUGUCUAUGAUUUGAACCAAUCUGGAGAGGCAUGGAAGCUUGGUUUGAUUAUGGACUUGUUCCUUCCAGAAGUGGUUCAAAUGCUCUUAAAUUUCGAGAUUUUUGCCUCCCUCAUUCCUGCCUAUGAGAUUGGCCUUGCUGCCACAAGGAGUUCUUCCGUUUCCACUACUAUAUGCGGCAUUGCGGCAGCUGUUGUUCUUCAACUGUUCCUAUGGUUACUUUCAUCCCGAGCAGUUGAAAGGGUCUUGAUGGCUUUGCCAAAGUAUGCUCAACAGAGUUUCUUUGGAGUUUACAUCAACCAUGUCUGGAUUUUUCGAGAAGGAAGCUGGCUUGUUUUCCUUCUCUAUGGAACUCCAAUGUUUGCCUACUAUGCCCGAAUGAUGGGAGCAGCAGUUGAAGGAGAGCUUUGGUACUUUGGGAAUGCCCUCUAUGAGUAUGAGUGUCUACAUUUCAAAGGAAUCACAGUUGUUGAUAGCAUCCACGUGAGUGGGCACUAUAUUGAUCGCAAUGGGCUUACCAUUGAUGAUACAUAUGUGUCCGGGCUAUUGCAUCCAGGUUGCUACGCUUCUGCUGGUUCGGUGGUAUCGGCUGCCGAACAUGGUCCAUGGAAAGUGUUCUUACGAAGUGAUAUGGGUGCCAAGGUUUCAAGGAAUCUGGUAAGUGAUUCAACCUCCAACAAUUUUGAUACAUCCGAUGAAGUUUAA